GUUGAGCAGAAAUUACGUAUAAAUUAUUGUUUAUCUAGCAGGAAUUUUAGUGAAAUUGAAAUUCCAAGACAUUGAUUUUCAUAUUUUCGUAUUUUUUAUUAAACGAUUCCAAGCAAUUUAUUGACGACGUCGCUCGCUGUAGUUUUUGCAUUUUGAAGUUUGUCAAUAGAUUUCAUCCAAUGAAAAUCGUCAUUGAAAGAGCAGCUGGAAAUAAACGAGAUCUGUUUGAGAUAUUGUCAAAAACACUUGUUAUUAAUACAAGCAAGUACACAAAGAGUUUUUUUGCCGUCUUAAAUGAUUUCUUGUUGAAAUCGUUCGCUUGGCUGCACCAUUGCAUUUACAGAAAUUGCUGCAAAAGGGUUUUUUGAAUACUAGCCUGAAAAUAGAAGUGCGUCUUUAGUAUUCAUGAAAUAUUCUUUGAAUUCAUGAAUAUUGUUCGUUUGGACAUGUGUUUGUAAUGGGAUCUUUGUUGAACAAGUUGCGAAUAUACGUUGAAAAGAUGAACCAAAGUCCUCGAAAUGAAACCAGAUACUCCAAAAAUAAUGGCGUUCGCCAAGAUGGCAGACGUGGAAAAGAGAAAGAUAGCUUGACCAUUGUGAAGAACGGCUCUGGCGAACAACUACAGAAAGAUGACGUUAAAACCGCCAACACAUCCAGGUACAUGAAAAGACGACCUCGACUAACUGUUGACGAAAUGAACGAAGCAAAAGAGAAAAUAGGAAAACUCGAAGGAGAACUAAAGAUCCAUAAAACUGUAAUGGUUGAACAUAAAACCAAAAUGAUGAUGCUAGAGGAACUCAUAAAAAGACAAUGUUUAGUGAUCAAACAAAAUGACGAUCUUUAUAGCUAUGAAGAACUUGCUACAGGCAAACUGAAUACACAGACUUUGUGGGAGAGGAUUGAAACGCAACUCGGCACAAUGAUCGAUAAGAAGACGAACGAUGAUCCUUGCAAUGAAGUAUCCCUUGUGAAGAUAAAACAUCAAUUCAACCAGCAACAUCUACAGUUGCAAGAGCAUGGACAGUGUAUAAAAAGACACGAAGAACAAUUUGAAGAUCAGCUCGCAAGAAUUGAAAUGAUGCGAGAGAUGUUGGACGAAAAUUCAAAUAAAAUAGGAACAGAAUGUAAUGUCCGUCAUAUCCUUGAGGAUCACGAGAAAAGAUUGCUCGCCCUCGAGGAUCGAAUGGCUGUAUAUGAAAAACAAGUCGAGAGACGUUUAACAGAACAGCAUCGAUUAUUGAUCUUCACUUGGCUUGGUCUCAUCACAACUUUUGUGUUAUGUUUUGCUAUUGUUUGCUCUUGUUGUUGGUUUCGAUAGAUAGAAAUAAGUUGCUUAAAAACUCUGCAUACAACAAAUUGCUUUGAUAGCUGUUCCUUACUACUGUUCUCUACUGACCUGACAAACUCCACGAAAGCAAUGCAGUGACAGCAAAGAAAACGCUGGACCAUAGAAAAUAAGUACAAAUUACUGACAUAUCUAAGAACAAGCAAGUUUUAACAUUGCUCAAGAGUGUAUUGAGUGUCAAAAGCACUUGUAUUUACAUGUAAAUGGUUGUAAUAAUUUCCAUAAUCCCAGGUUUCUCAAAUGCAGGCUUGAAAUAUUAAUAGAUGAUAGAAUAAAAAAUGCCUGUACAUAAUAGCUUGUAGUUAACAGAAUUGGUUGUAAUUCAUACCAAAAAAACUGUACAAAAUAUAAACUGACGCGCGUA